GUUACACAUGCUGACUCAGAAACAGCUCCAAUAACGUCUCAAUUGCUUGCAAGACAAGAAAAAUACACCAUUAACACAUAUCUUCGUCCACCUAUUGUCCUUUCACAUGGUAAAGGUUGUCGAGUCUAUGAUUUAGCAAAUAGAGAAUAUCUUGAUUUCUCAGCUGGUAUAGCAGUGAAUGCGUUAGGUCAUUCCGAUCCUGAAUUGGCAAGAGUAAUUCAUGAACAAGCAUUAAAACUUGUUCAUUUGAGUAAUCUAUAUCAUAAUGAAUAUGCUGGAGAACUUGCAGAGUUGUUAGUUGAAUCUACACGUAAUGGAGGUGGAUUUGAAGCAUCUAAAGUGUUUUUCACCAAUUCUGGUACUGAAGCGAAUGAAGGUGCAUUAAAAUUUGCAAGAAAAUGGGGAAAAUAUGUUGGUAAAAAAAGUAAUAGUACAAAUGAAGAAUUAAAUAUGAAUAAAUAUGGUGUUGUGUCAUUUUCAAAUGCUUUUCAUGGUAGAUCUUUUGGAUCGUUGUCAGCUACACCUGCACCUAAAUAUCAAAGUCCAUUCGCGCCGAUGGUGCCAGGAUUUGUAACUAUACCUUAUAAUGAUAUUAGUAAGAUUAAUGAAUAUGUAACCGAUAAAACUUGUGCUGUAAUUGUCGAACCUAUUCAAGGUGAAGGUGGAGUGUGGGAAGCUACUGUUCCAUUUAUUGAAGCUUUGAGAAAACGAUGUGAUGAAGUUGAAGCUUUACUAAUUUUUGAUGAAAUUCAGUGUGGUCUUGGUCGUACUGGAAAAUUAUGGGCACAUCAAAAUUAUCCAAAAUCUUGUCAUCCAGAUAUUUUAACAUUAGCUAAACCAUUAGCCAAUGGAUUCCCGAUUGGUGCUAUUCUUACUACGCAACGAGUUGCUGAUAUAAUUAAGAUCG